AUGGCGUCCAAAGACGGCGCGCACUCGACCCAAGAAGCUUGCGCCCACGUGACGGAGCUCAAGGAGAGAGGGAACCGGAAGCUUGCUGCCAAAGACUUUGAAGGUGCGCUGUGCAUCUAUGCAGAGGCUUUACGGGAUCUGGAUGCCCUCUUGGAGCCUGGAAGAGGCGAUUCUUCGUCUGUCAAGCAAUUGGCAACGGCUCUUCAUUCAAACAGCGCACAGGCCCUGAUGAAGCAGAAAAGAUGGCUGGAGGCAAUCGACAGAUGCCAUGCUGCCUUGCGACAUGAUCCGAGCCACUCUAAGUCGUCAUGGAGAGGUGCAAGCUGUGCCGUCGAGGUCGGCAUGCAUGACGUCGCCAUCGCGUUUGCGGAGAAUGGAUUGCUGCAGAAUCCGAGCUGCGCCGAGCUAUUGGACUUGCGAUCCAGGCUUGGCCCAUCGUCCGAUGCGGAAGGGUAUAGUGCACCAGAUUUCGCAGACGGUGGCAGUGACGAAGAGAUCCGUCCAGCAAGCUGGCAUCUGCCAGCCUGCACAAGGGAGGCCAAGAAAAUGCCGCAGAAGCCGGGCAAAGAAAAAGGACACUGCUUCGCAGUUUGCUCCGCUCCUGCGCAACCUGGCGGUUUCCAGCGGUGCGACCUUCUUGCCAGGAGAUUGACGAGUGCUCAAACCGCACCCGUGGUUCAGCAGCUUCCCCGAACGAACACGGACGAUCUGGCGCACGACUUGAUUGCACCUCAUGCCGGCGAAGUGAAGCCGGCAGCAGGACGCGCAGGAAAUCGAUAG